AUGUCUCGGUUGCCUACAGAUACUGAACUCUGUGAUGACCUGAUGGAGGAAGGCGUGAGUGAUGCGGUGGUCAUUAGCCCUGAUGCGUCCACCCUCGAAAAGGAUUUAUCACAGAGAACGAAGAGUAGUGGGAAGGCGCACAACAUCAUCAAGCGUGUGACGGGUAUCGUGCCAUAUGGUGGAAUGGCUUCAAACGCUUUCAACCUCGCAAGCGCGACGCUUGGUGCCGGCAUUGUGCUGCUGCCCUCCGGAUUUCAUGACUCCGGCAUAAUUGUCGCGGUGCUUCUUCUUGCGGUGUGCUGCGCGUGUACAAUUUACUCCAUUCGACUCCUGGCGCUCACCAAGGAUAAGACAGGCUUACGCUCCUACGAAGAGAUGGCGCGUAGCCUUCUCGGUCGGGGCGUGGACUACUUCACUGCACUCCUCAUGUUCAUCUUCUGCUUUGGCACCUGCGUGGGUUACGUUAUAUCUGUCGGUGAUCUGCUGAUGCCGCUGCUGAGUUCACCGACAGCGCCCGAAUUUCUUCAGACUGACAGCGGGCGACGUGUGAUUGUCAGCGCCAUUUGGUUCGUGGGGAUGUUCUCGCUAUCACUCCCCAAGGAGAUCAACUCCCUUCGCUACGCUUCGGUGGUGGGUGUGACACUCAUCGUAUUCUUCGUCAUUUGUAUGAUUGUGCACGCUGCUCGCAACGGGUUGAAGCACGGGAUGUCGCCGGAUCUGCGACUGAGCAAUAGUGGACUGGGUGCCGUGAACGGUCUCUCGCUGUUCAUUUUCGCCUUCAUCUGCCAGGUCAACUGUUUUGAAAUCUACGAGGAGAUGAAGGAUCCGUCGCCGCGCCGGAUGACGCGAGAUAGUGCGUUGAGCAUGAUAACGGUGGCAAUCCUCUACUUUCUUGCCGGCUUCUUUGGUUACGCAGAUUUUGGUGAGGCGGCAUCAGGCUCCGUUCUGAGGUUGUACGAUCCUCAGAACGACAUCAUGAUGGCAGUCGCGUACGUUGGCAUCGCUAUCAAGCUUUGCGUGGGGUUCGCCAUCUGCAUCCAGCCAUCACGUGAUGCAGUGUACCAUGUGCUGCGCUGGGGGAAGACAUCGGACGUGCCAACGUGGCGCAAUCUCGUCAUGAGCGGCUUCCUCGCACUAGUGGCUCUCAUUCUGGGCCUAUUCAUUCCGAGCAUUAACGUAGUGUUUGGCCUCCUGGGUGGUGUGUGUGGUGGGUUUCUGGCGUUCAUAUUUCCAGCACUCUUCACCAUGUACGCCGGUAACUGGUCCCUAAAAGAGGUGGGCUGGGUAAACUUCAUCGCCACAUACGUGCUGCUUCUCGGUGGUGUUGUUGCGGUGGUUUUUGGCACUGCUGUGACGAUCUACAGCGAGGUCCACGGCUGA